CCCAACGAUUUCCUAGUUUAUUCUGACAUUCCCUACUUUAGAACAGCAGUUGUACGUUUAUUUUCCCCCAUCAUGGGUAUGGAUCUUAUUGGUUUCGCAUAUGCUGCUGCUGUUGCCGCUGGAGGCAUCGCUGGUUACGCCAAAGCAGGAUCUGCCUAAGCGCUGUUCGACACCACUCGAGCCCGAGACUGACCCUCUGGUAUUCCUGGAUUCGACAUCGACACCCCGCCCAGAAGCAGCGUGCCCGUCACCCAACAAAGUUAGCAGCACCUAGUUGUGCACCCUCGACCCCGUCGCCCGCCCAUCGACAACGACUCGCACCCCACACGACCCCGCCGCCAUGGGCGUCAACGAGGCCGUGCUCGAGUACCUGGUGGGCCAGAACAGGCCCUACAGCGCCACGGACGUGACGCAGAACCUGCUGAACGCGCACAGCAAGGGCGCCGUCCAGAAGGCGCUCGAGCACCUGGCGGCGCAGGGCCGCAUCAUCGAGAAGGAGAACGGCAAGCAGAAGGUGUACUGCGCGCUGCAGAACGAGUCCGGCGGCGCCUCCAAGGAGGAGGCGGCCCGCGAGCUGCAGGAGCUGAGCGCGAGCGUCGCCAGCGCCACCCAGAACCUCCGCGCCGUGGAGCAGCAGGUGCGUGAAGCCGAGGCCGAGCUCAAGAGCCUCCUGGGUGCGCCGACCACCGACGAGGCCGAGAGCGAGGUGGCCGCCCUGGAGUUGCGCGUGCAGCGGCUCCGCGCCAAGCUGGCGGACCUCACAGACACCUGCGUCAAGGUCAACCCUGAGGAUCGAAAGAAAGUCGAUCGUUUGCACGAGACGAUGCUUCGCGAAUACAGGAAGCGCAAGCGGAUGUGCAUGGACGUCUUAGAGCAAGUUCUGGAAAACCACCCGAAAAGCAAGAAGGAACUUAUCGAGGAAAUCGGCAUCGUCACGGAUGAAGAAGCUGGAUACAAGCUGUAGCAACGGGUGCUUAUUUUCAAAAUGUUUCACCUGUAAUCGUCUUAAAUUGCAUUUAAUGCCUCUCUAAUGAUUUUGUCAGAGAUAUUUACGUGAUUUUUAUGUUUUUCUCAAUGUCUGGUAUAGUACCUGUAUGUAUUUAUUUUUCACUAAUGCAUUUAAUGUUUCUGAAACUGUGAUUAUUUUUAAUUUGGCAAUUGCUGCUGUACUUACAUUCUAAAAUCAAUAUUAAAACUUGCUUUUGUAUGAUUUUGUAA